AGACAAGGGCAUGACUUCAUAAUGGAAUGAGACGCAAAACUCAUUCAAAACAGUAUGUUUAAGAAUCUGAGGCUUUGAAUCGCGCUUUCACUGCGUUAGUCAUCGCAGACGAAACCUCUUUCUAUCUGCUGAACUGACUGCAGCUGCUUUUUCAAGCGAUCUUUUAUAUCUUUUUUUCUUCUGAGGGAUAGGCCUAUGCCCACUGUAAUACGCAAUUUGAAAACGGGACGCGUGAUGCAUUUUUCUGUUUUAUUUCAUUAUUAAAUUUGAACGUGAAACCGUUUGGUGAUGGGGAAGAGCAUGAAGUGAUUGUCAUUUUGUCGGCGUUUGGGGGAGUGUGGUGACCGAGCUUUGGUGUCGGGGUAGGCUAUAUCAUAGCGCUCCAAUCUUAAAUAUCCUUUUUGUGGUGGAGCCCUUAGCAAUCGACAUAUUUCUCUCCGUCUCUGGUAAGUGGGGGAGGCGGAGAGAGACAGGGCAGUGGGAAAAGGCGGUUUAUUACCCGUGGAACAAAACACUGUUUCGUUAGGGGCAUGAAUCGUAUGCAUUUUUUUGCAUGUGGACUAUAAAACGAAUUGUUCACUGCAGCAUUUGGCGUAUUUUCUCUGCGGCGAAUGAUAAAGAAAACCAUCAGUGCUGAGCACGGCGCCCACCCGACCACUGCAAUUUUUGGGCAAAGAUAGACUGGCGUCGUCUUGCGGAUAGGCUACUAUGGCAGCAUAGGAGCAUCUUCUGAUGGGGAGAAUCCAUGAAUCCCUUGCAUUUUAGAAUGUGUUUUUAGCAGAAUGCAGUGAUGGGAUUUUAAACCCAGCCUCAUUACGCGGUUUCCGGUUCCUAGCUGGUAUUUCCACAUUGCAAAAUUAUUGGAAAAAACAGCGGAUCCCGAUGGCAUGGACACUUACGCAAGGUCUGCCGCGCCGCCGUGCUACUGGAGCCUAUUUGCUGUCUCUUCCUUCCACCCAGCUCCACCGCCAUCGCCCCGCAGCCCAGAGAGCCCUGCCGCAACGCGAUCAGCCACCACCGAGCCAAAGCAGGCGGCAUGAGGCUUGAUUCAGUACAUUUAUCCAUGCUGGUCAUCGGGGUCUCCUUCGCCUGCUACUCCCCGAGUUUGAAUUCCCUGCAGGACCAGGCUUACAAAUCCGCUGUGGUGAUCGAGGGCAAGGUGCAGUCCGCGCCUCUGAACGUCUCAGCGGAGCCGUACGGUGUGAGUGUCAAAGUGCUGGACGUGUGGCCGCGGAACAGCGGGGGUCUAGGACGGGAGCAGCUCGUCACGGUGGGGGAAUUCGGAUCGGAGGCUCCGUGCACCACAGUGAUAAAGAAUCACAAGUACAUUUUUUUCAUGGACCCAACCGAGGAUCCCUUGGUUUUCAAGGCAUCGUAUGCUCCCCUAGAUACUAGUGGGAAGAACCUAAAAAAAGAUGUUGGGAAGAUAUUGUGUGAAAACUGCGCUAUUGCCCCAAAGUUAAAGCGAAUGAGGAACCCACUGAUGGUGGAUGAGGGAAGCAGGCUCACGGUCAAAUGUGAGGCUACAGGGAACCCCAGCCCUACCUACAAAUGGUUCAAAGAUGGCAGUGAGCUCAAGAAAAGCAGAGAGGUCAAAAUAAAGUCCAGCCAGAAGAACUCCAGGGUCCAGAUCAGCAGAGCCAAGCUGGAGGAUUCUGGGAAUUACACGUGUGUGGCAGAGAACCUUCUGGGGAACUCCAACUCCACCAGCACUGUUCAUGUCCAAAGCAUAACCACCACACUAUCGCCAGGCUCGGGCCACGCCAGAAGAUGCAACGACACCGAGAAGGAUUACUGCGUGAACGGCGGCGACUGUUACUUUAUACAUGGUAUCAAUCAGCUCUCCUGCAAGUGUCCGAAUGACUUUACUGGCGACCGCUGUCAAAACUACGUUAUGGCCAGUUUCUACCAGCAUCUUGGGAUUGAAUUUAUGGAGGCGGAGGAGCUCUAUCAGAAAAGAGUCCUGACAAUCACGGGUAUCUGCGUGGCUCUGUUGGUGGUGGGAAUCGUGUGUGUAGUGGCCUACUGCAAAACCAAGAAACAGAGGAAGAAGAUGCACAAUCACCUGCGGCAGAACAUGUGUGCAGAUCACCCCAACCGGAACCUAGCGAAUGGACCCAAUCACCCAGGACCUGGCCCUGAGGAGAUACCCAUGGUAGAUUACAUCUCAAAGAAUGUUCCUGCAACGGAGCGUGUCAUACGGCACGGAACAGUGGCUUCUUUCCCCGGCAGCCACGCGUCUUCCAGAUCUCACAACUCCUAUACCCAUGCACGCUCCUCCACUCACAGACACGAGGAGCGGACGUGGAGCCUGGAGCGGACUGACAGUGUCCUCUCGGACUCGCCGGGCAUGAUGUCGUCCUCCGUGGGGACCAGUAAAUGCAACAGUCCUGCGUGCAUGGAGGCCCGGGCCAGGCGUGCCGCACACUGUGGCUUUACUGUGCCCCACCGGCCGGGAUUGCAGUACGGAGACUCGUUCGACUCGCUGGGGGACUCUCCACACAGCGACAGGUAUGUGUCGGCCUUGACGACGCCGGCCCGCCUCUCUCCAGUGGACUUCCAUUACUCACUGCCCCCGCAGGUGCCUAUCUUCCAGAUCACCUCCCCCAACACCAGCCAGGCCAUGUCCCUGCCGCCAGCCGCCCACACCCGCUACCCUCUGGAAGAUGACCAGCCUCUGCUGCGGCGCUACCAGGUGCCCCUGCACGACGUCCAGCGCCAGGAGCCCUACCGGCAGCAGCGCCGCACCUACCUGAACGACAGCACGGGCAGCCUGCCCUCCAGCCCCUACCGGCUGGCUGAGGAAGAAGACUACGAGACCACGCAGGAGUACCUGUCCUCCCGAGAGCAACCAAAGAGAAGUGGGCCUGGUGGUGGAGGGGGUCGGCGCUUGCGGAGGUCCAGGCUGAACGGCCACGUAGCGCCGCGAGGAUACGAGGCAUCACGGGACUAUGGCUCUCGCAGCUGUCUGACGGACAGCGAUUCGGAGGAGGAAGAGGGCGAGAGCACGCCCUUCCUCAGUAUGCAGAAUAUGAACGCGGAGCCCUCCACCAUCUACAGGCCAGCCGACAGUCGGACUUCUCAGUCGCACUCUACGGGGCGGCACGGUGCACGCGGGAACGUACAGACCAGACAGACGCACUCGCGGUCCAAACCGGACAAUGCACCCCACUAAAGAACGAAGUCGACCUACCAACUAAAAAUCUAUAUACUAUAAACCUGCACCUAUAAGAAAUAUUUUUAUUUUAUAUAACUGACAGAUAUUCUAAACAAAUGAAAUAUUUAUUUUCAUUUUAGCAAAAGUUGUCUACUAGUUAACAGCAAAGACUUUUUUUAUAGGGAAAACUCUAUUUAUAUGUACAUUUUGAUUUACAGCAUAAAAACACGUGCCAAUUUUUUCACUACUUAAAAAAUAGAGUAAUAUUGUGGUGCCUUUUGCUGUGUGCCGAUGCCAGAGGGCCAGUGGAGAUUUUUGCUGUGUGCCGAUGCCAGAGGGCCAGUGGAGAUUUUUGCUGUGUGCCGAUGCCAGAGGGCCAGUGGAGAUUUUUGCUGUGUGCCGAUGCCAGAGGGCCAGUGGAGAUUUUUGCUGUGUGCCGAUGCCAGAGGGCCAGUGGAGAUUUUUGCUGUGUGCCGAUGCCAGAGGGCCAGUGGAGGUUUAUGCUGGAUGCCAGAGGGCCAGUGGAGAAUUGUUGCUGUGUGCCGAUGCCAGAGGGCCAGUGGAGAAUUGUUGCUGUAUGCCGAUGCCAGAGGGCCAGUGGAGGUUUUUGUAGCCUUUUCUUAUAUGGACAUCAUUUUUUUUAUACACAUUUCCUCUUUUGGCUUUUUUUUUUUUUCUGGGAGUUUUUUCUAGCCCCAUUUGAACAUUACUCCUCCCCUUCCACAUCAUGCAAUAUAAACCACUUAAUCAUAAGGUGUAUGUUUACAUUAAUAUAAUUUGCCUAUAGGGUUUAUCAUUUUUGGCAUCCAAUAGAAAAUCUGAUAAAUGCAACACAGGUCCUUUUUGCUCUCUGAGUGAAGGAGUGUGUGUGGGCAUGUGUGUGUGUGUUGUACCAACUCAUUGCUCUAUUGGGCACCAAAGCAAGCGGAAUCAGUAGAGGAAAGCUGCUGAUGCACAGUGAGGCCCAACCUGGGUUCCAGGGUUGUGCUGCUGUUGGGUAGAGAGUUCUGUUGGGUAGAGAGUUCUGCAUGUUGUUGCUUGAUUUGUGUUUACAGCUGCCUCACCUAACCUCAACCACCCCACCCCGGCCAUCCUUGUCCCAACAGGGUAAGGUUUUACUUCAUGACCCCUCCUUGUCCCAACAGGGUAAGGCUUGUCUAAUGACCCCCACUUUGUCCCAACAGGGUAAGGCUUGUCUAAUGGCCCCCACUUUGUCCCAACAGGGUAAGACUUGUCUAAUGGCCCCCUCCUUGACCCAAAAAGGUAAGGCUUAUCUAAUGGCCCCCUCCUUGUCCCAACAGGGUAAGCCCCCAACGUCCUGGCUUAUCUGUGAUUCUGAAGAAGAAAUGCCACUUGUCAGUGUACAGUAGCAGUUAGUCUGCCAUCAGUGAUAGUGGCUCAAUACAAAGAGACUUUCUCCCAUGACCCCCAUGCCGCCUCUUCCUCACCUGUCCAUUUUGUCCCCGUGGCCAGAGUAAAGGGCCGCACAGCGUCUCAGGACUUCAACCCCCCCCCCCCCUCUCCCCCCUCCACCAUCAGACCUACCUAGGACUUAAGGUCCCCACAAGGACAUUAAGGUCACACCCAACUUGCUAUUCCUCCCAUCUAGAGAAAAGUAAAGCAGAGUGUUGAACAGAACAGAACACACUACACCAAUACAAGAUAAAUAGCUGUGAAACUUUGGAGGGUCAUAAAAUGCCAAAAUAUGCAAACUUUCCAUUUUGCUCUGUUUGACAUCAUUUUCUAAGAGGUGACUGUAGUGUGUUGUGUGAAACCUAUGUAAUGCCUGUAGUGUAGAAGAAGAAGAAGCACCAUGAUAGGAAUACAUAUUUACAUCAUUAUUAAAAUUUCAUGCAGUUAUGUAGCCAUUGCUCAAAUUGUCAUUUUUCCUCAUUCACAGAUUCAUGUUCAUAGAUUUUUUUUUUGGGGGGGGGGGGGGGGGUGUUCAUGAAUUCUUAUCUCACUAUGUCGAGACCAAGCAGACAACACGCAAGUCUACAGGAAUGACUAACCACUUUAAAGGGUCUCAUACACUAACGUCGAGCGCUGCUCAGUCUUGUGGAUAAGGAUAGUGAUUUGUUGCCUGUUAUGAAGUAUGUCACGAAAAGUUAACAAAACUGUUUGUUCAAACUUCUCUGUCCUCCACUCCCCCCCAAAAAUAUUGCAGGAGCUUGUUUUGGCAAUCCAUUUGAAUUGUAGUGACAGAAAACAGUUGAUAAUCUUGCAGAACUGGUCAUAUACAUUUUGAAACGCAACCAAAAACAACUCAAAUGACUGUACCGGGACAAAUCAUCCGGUUAAUCUAGAUGACAACCAAACUGACAAGUAGGAUUGGAAACAGAACGUGUAACUGUUGUAGGAUGGAAGGCAGAGUGACACAGACACAUAGACACUGGUUUUCUGUCUCAUCUCUCCUAUGGAUUUUCUCUCCUUCCGGGUCCUUCACAGUCUGGGUCUAAUUUUGUAUGUUUGAAAAAAAAAAUGCAAAAGUAGACCGUGCUUCUUUAGUUAGUUUUAAAUGUGAUACCCCCACCCCCAUCUUGACCCUCUCCUCACCUGAUAGAAGUGCUGCCAGAUUCAUCCUGUUUUUCCUUUUUUCUUCCCUCCCCUCUUGAAAUGUUUGAACACCUCUCCUCUGCAUGUGCUUGUGGUCAAGGUUAGAUGCGUGCAUGGUGAAGAAGCAGCAGACUUUUUUUUUUUUGGUCAGUGAAAGUGUAUUUCAUUUCACAUUCAGCAAUAAAAAAAAGCCCCCCCACCCCAUGUCCAUUCUUGGAAUAUGCUAGAAACAAAAUGUGAGAUUGUCAUAGAUUGUUAAAUAAAAUGAAAAAAUGAUCCACCUGUUCAUAUGAUAAAAUAAAUCUUUAUUCAUAUCAUUUCAA